UCCAAUAAAGAAUAGUCCAAGAGUGAAAGGCAGAUGAAGCUUUGACUAACUCUCUUCUGCUUCAACGACUGCUUCACCUACACCAUUCCUCCGUUGAAUUUCAUAAUUCAUAUUUUAUCAAAUUUGUGCCAACUUUCUUUCCUCUCUCUAUCUCUUCUUCCAUUUGUCAUUCUCAAUUUUCAAAGAGAAUUGUAACUAGCCACAAAAAUACCUUCUUUCCCUGACCCUUUUGCUUUCAUUUUUAGUCUCAUUACUGCAUUGACUUCACUUUUUGGGGAUUAGGGCUUUCAGUCUUCUUCUUUUUUUGGGUUUGACUUUUGAAGCUGAGUGCCAUUGGGUGGAGGAUUCUUUUUCUUAGCGGGGUGGUUUCAAUGAAGAAUCUUGGUUUUUAGUUGUAGAAAGGUGUGGAUGACUGGGAAUCAUGGAUCAGUCGGUGUUGGCGAUCUGGGUAUUUCUCUGCUUAAUUGGGCUGCUUUUGAAUUUGUCAAUGGUCGCCGGUAACGCUGAAGGUGAUGCCUUGAAUGCUCUGAAGACAAAUUUGGCUGAUCCUAAUAGUGUUCUACAGAGUUGGGAUGCAACCCUUGUUAAUCCUUGUACUUGGUUCCAUGUAACAUGCAACAAUGAAAAUAGUGUGACUAGAGUUGAUCUAGGAAAUGCAAAUCUAUCAGGUCAACUGGUACCACAGCUUGGCCAACUCCAGAACUUGCAGUACUUGGAACUUUAUAGUAAUAACAUAAGCGGAAGAAUUCCAAAUGAAUUGGGGAACUUGACAGAGUUGGUUAGUUUGGAUCUUUACCUGAACAACUUAAAUGGUCCUAUCCCUCCCUCAUUGGGCAAGCUUCAGAAACUACGCUUCCUGAGGCUCAAUAAUAACAGUUUGAAUGAAGGUAUUCCCGUGUCUCUAACCACCAUUGUUGCACUUCAAGUACUUGAUCUCUCAAACAACCAUUUGACAGGACCAGUUCCAGUCAACGGUUCCUUUUCACUUUUUACUCCUAUAAGUUUUGCUAAUAAUCAGUUGGAAGUUCCUCCAGUUUCUCCACCUCCUCCUCUUCCUCCUACGCCCUCAUCGUCAUCUUCAGUGGGCAACAGCGCAACUGGAGCUAUCGCUGGAGGAGUUGCUGCAGGCGCUGCUCUUCUAUUUGCAGCUCCUGCAAUUUUUAUUGCUUGGUGGCGUCGGAGGAAACCGCAAGACCACUUCUUUGAUGUUCCUGCUGAGGAGGAUCCAGAAGUUCAUCUGGGACAACUCAAAAGGUUUUCCUUGCGUGAACUACAAGUUGCGUCGGAUAAUUUUAGCAACAGAAAUAUACUCGGUAGAGGUGGAUUUGGUAAGGUUUAUAAGGGCCGGUUAGCUGAUGGCUCUUUAGUUGCAGUGAAAAGACUAAAAGAGGAACGUACUCAAGGUGGAGAGUUACAGUUUCAGACAGAAGUAGAAAUGAUCAGCAUGGCUGUACACCGAAACCUACUUCGUUUACGGGGAUUUUGCAUGACACCCACUGAGCGGGUGCUUGUUUAUCCGUACAUGGAGAAUGGAAGUGUUGCAUCACGUUUAAGAGAGAGGCCUGAAUCAGAGCCCCCACUUGACUGGCCAAAAAGGAAGCGUAUUGCACUUGGAUCUGCAAGAGGCCUUGCUUACUUGCAUGAUCAUUGUGAUCCUAAAAUUAUUCAUCGUGACGUCAAAGCCGCAAAUAUCUUGUUGGAUGAGGAGUUUGAAGCAGUUGUUGGGGAUUUUGGGUUAGCUAAACUCAUGGACUACAAGGAUACUCAUGUUACCACUGCUGUACGUGGUACAAUUGGGCAUAUUGCCCCUGAAUAUUUAUCUACUGGUAAAUCUUCUGAGAAAACUGAUGUGUUUGGCUAUGGGGUUAUGCUUCUAGAGCUCAUAACUGGGCAAAGGGCUUUUGAUCUUGCUCGACUUGCGAAUGAUGAUGAUGUCAUGCUGCUAGAUUGGGUGAAGGGACUCCUGAAGGACAAGAAAUAUGAAACAUUAGUUGAUGCAGAUCUUCAAGGUAAUUACAAUGAAGAAGAGGUGGAACAGCUUAUUCAGGUAGCUCUACUUUGCACGCAGAGUACGCCUACGGAACGUCCAAAGAUGUCAGAAGUUGUAAGAAUGCUUGAAGGUGAUGGCCUUGCUGAGAGGUGGGAGGAAUGGCAAAAGGAGGAGAUGUUCCGGCAAGAUUUCAACCAUGUCCACCACCACCAUACUGAUUGGAUAAUAGCUGACUCCACUUCAAAUAUCCGACCGGAUGAGUUGUCAGGGCCAAGAUGAUCUUUCAUUUAUUCUGCCGGUAGCACAUAUAGGACCGACUCUUUUGAGGGAAAAUCCUCUUUGUAUCCUUGUAUCUGUAAUCGGUAUAUGCCAUCUUCUUUUCUUUCUUUCUUUUUUUUGGGUUAAUUGGUAUAUGUCAUCUUUGUGCAUACCAUUUUCCCUUCUUUUUUUGUUUCAGUCAGUUAUAUUGUAUUUGAUUAUGUCCAAAUGUGUAUAGGUGAUUGGGUCAUUACAACAGAUCUGAACAUGAAAAUCAACUUAUAGCAGGAAUGGCUGUAGAAAGCAUCUUUGCACCUUCUCUUUUUCUAAUGUAUCAGAUAGAGUGGCGUUUGUUAAA